GCUGUCGGCACGGGUGUGUUACAUUACAGUCUCCUUCAGUUCGCCCUCCAACUGGCCAGACCCUCCACAUUGGCUCAGCGCUGGGAAUAACUUCAGCAGCCGCGUUUCAUUAACCGCACUCCACUUCUUUUGACAGAUACAAUGGCCGUUCCCCCAACAUAUGCUGAUCUUGGCAAAUCUGCCAAAGACAUCUUUAACAAAGGAUAUGGAUUCGGUAUGGUGAAGCUCGAUGUCAAGACAAAAUCAGCCAGUGGAGUGGAAUUCAAGACCUCUGGUUCCUCCAACACUGACACCAGCAAAGUGGUUGGCAGCCUGGAAACCAAAUACAAGAGGUCUGAAUAUGGCCUGACCUUCACAGAGAAGUGGAAUACCGACAACACCCUGGGCACAGAGAUCAACAUCGAAGACCAGAUCGCAAAGGGAUUGAAACUGACCUUUGACACAACCUUCUCACCAAACACAGGGAAAAAGAGUGGCAAAGUCAAGACCGCAUACAAGCGCGAGUAUGUCAACCUGGGCUGUGACGUCGACUUCGACUUUGCCGGCCCAACUAUCCAUGGUGCUGCAGUGGUCGGUUACGAAGGAUGGCUCGCCGGUUACCAGAUGUCCUUCGACACCGCCAAGUCCAAGAUGACCCAGAACAACUUUGCUGUAGGCUACAAAACGGGAGACUUCCAGCUGCACACUAAUGUUAAUGAUGGCUCAGAGUUUGGUGGCUCCAUCUAUCAAAAAGUGAGUGAUAAGCUGGAGACAGCGGUGAAUCUGGCCUGGACAGCAGGAAGCAACAGCACACGCUUUGGAAUUGCUGCCAAGUAUCAGCUGGACAAAGAUGCCUCCAUCAGUGCUAAAGUGAAUAACACCAGCCUUGUCGGCGUUGGUUACACUCAAUCUCUGAGACCAGGUAUCAAGUUGACCCUUUCUGCUCUGGUUGAUGGGAAGAGCAUCAAUUCCGGUGGCCACAAGCUGGGCUUGGGCCUGGAGCUGGAGGCUUAAACCUGCUUCUGCUGAACAUCAGGGACAAGGGAAUAUCAGAGAAAUCUGGCCUUAAAUCUAACUCCAGCAGCAACCAGCAGGGGGAAUCGGGAUGGGAUGUGUGCAAAAGCUCAUCAAAAGCAAUCAUGUCAUGUGGUUUCUUUUUCGUUCCCUUCAGGUCCUUAUGUUUGUUUUCCGUUUGUAGUUGUUCUCUCAUAGACAUUCAGCUACAAAUUAAUUUGGCCAUCCCUCUCCAGCACUUCCACAGUAAUGAAAUGCGCUCUGGGACGGAGGGCAUCUGUGGCAUCCUGUUGUGUUGCUCCCUUCUCAGUUAGACGGUGGUGGGUUUGUGACAAAACUGUCUCUGAUUUCAUCCUUUGUAUUGUAUCUGAUAUUCCUUCGUCGUCUGAAUGCGAUUCAAGCAAACCACUUAACUCGAUAUUAAAAGUUCUACCUGCUAUUAUUUAAAUACUGUUAUACCGUUUUCUUUUUUCCAUGCACGCAAGGACGAGCUUUAAACAGUUUACUUUCCCUCGGGCAGCCAUCCAGAGUUUAGCUUGCAGGUGAAGUCUGCCCUUGAGCUGAGCAGUUUUUGGGUAGCCUAAUGGGGCGGUGAGCGCUUGGGCCCGUGAGCUGGCAUGGCUGGCCUUCUGUUUUUCAUUUGCAGCACAGAUGACUCUCCGUGGCUCCCUGUGAUGGCGGGACGGGUCUUGUGGGUGUGGUUUGAGUUCAGUACCUUUUGCUCCCAGUGUUGCCCUGAUUCCCAUGCUUUACAACACCUCAGAGGUCCUUAUGUGUAUGUUUGAACUUUUCAAUAAACUCUUUGAACACAUCUUA